GAGAAAGCGAGCGACACAGGUGCCAGGGGAGGCGGCGGCUGAGAGGAGGCCCCAGGUGCAACCUGAGACGUCGGGCGCGGCCGGCCGAGAGGGGGCUUGGUCUACCUGCGGAACCUGCUGAGCAGCUUGAGCGUCUUCGCGAGGGGAGAAAGGGCGCCGCGGAGCCUCGAGGAGAAGACCUGUCGAAGCAGCGCUCCUCUUUAUUACUAUUUUUUUUAAUUUUACUUAUUUUGCCUCCUUUGCCUACCUGUUCCUUCAACUUGCCCGGCGAUGGAGCUGCCCCGCGGGACCGUCUACCUGGCGCUGGCGAUGCUGGCGCUCGCCGCCACCGUAAACAGCAGUUGCUUAUGCCUGAACAACAAGCACGCGGUAAACUGUGCUUCAAUUAGCAGUACAUGCAGAUGCACAAGUUUUGGGUCCAAUGUCACAGUGGACUGUGGAACAUUGUCUUCAAAAUGCCUGCUGAUGAAAGCAGAAAUAUACCGCAAAAACACUGGCAGAAGUAAUAGACCACAACAUGCUAUUAGAGACAAUGAUGGCAUUUAUGAUCCAGAAUGUGAUGACAAUGGUAACUUCAAAGCUAAGCAGUGCAAUGGUACAGACACUUGCUGGUGUGUGAACUCAGCUGGAGUACGAAGAACUGACAAGGGGGGUAAAGACAUUAAAUGUGAUGAAGUAGUAAGGACAAGCUGGAUUUCGAUGGAAAUGAAGCACUCUGGGACAGAAACUGAUUUGGACAAACCUAGCCUUGAGAGUGAAAUCAGAGAACAACUUUCUCAGCGUUACAAAUUGAAUAAAAAUCACAUAACUGCUACGUAUGAAAAGCCUUUCGUUUUUAUCGAACUGAAACAAAAUGCUACAGAGAAAUCUGCCACAGAUGUAGAUAUCGUUGAUGUGGCAUACUAUUUUGAAAAAGAUAUCAAAGGGGACUCUUUGAUUACAGGACCAAGACUUACCUUUGACAGUUCAACAGGACCUCUUCAAUCUAAUGAUGUUAUAAUCUACUACAUUGAUGACAAGGCACCAGAGUUCACAAUGCAACAUUUGAAUCCUGGUAUUAUUGCUGUAAUUGUGAUUAUAAUACUGGCCAUAGUUGCUGGUAUUCUUGUGCUGGUCUUUACUAGAAGAAAGAAGGGGAAAUAUGAAAAAGCUGAGGUAAAGGAAAUGAAUGAAAUGCACAGAGAACUAAACUCGUAACUGCUGUAACAUGAAAUAAGGAUAAACAUGGCAAAAGCAUGUAAACUGAAGAUUACCUGUAGAGACUUUUUUUGUUUAAAUACUUCCUUACAGUUUAAUAAGAGGAUUACUUCAAAUUUUGACACUAGACUGCAUUUUGCUGGGCUGUAAUCCAUUUUAAAAACAUUUUUACUAGUUGGGCAAGAUGAAUGUCCUUUCUUUGUGUAAAAUGACUGAUGCCUUUUUGUUGGAUGUAUGUUAAAUAACUGUUUUGUAUAAACUUUUUUGAGGUGUCUAGUAAGUUACUAAAUGAAUUUGGCCUCCUUGCAUCUCUUGCAGAUCAUGGAAUAUAGUGUGUGUGGGUUUUUUUAAUGCUUGUAAAUAUUUUCCUUCAAAUUUGCUCUUUUUUUUUUACAAGUAAUUUUAAUAAAUUCUGAAAAUCUU